GACCUUGACUAGUCAGCUCUUGAUUUAACUCACAGUUUUGUUCGGGGUUAUACCGCCUGCUUCCUUCAGUUCCAGUCUCAAGAUUAUCUUAAUCUGAGGCUUUUUUUAUUUGCUAGUUGCUGUCUAUUGCUUUCCGUAGUAAAUUUAAGUGCAUUUUGUGCGCUUCCUUGUUCGUCGAUCCACUUUUUCUUUUGUGCUUCUCUUAUAUGAUCAUCCUUCGCUACUCUUAAUGCUCCCCUGGUACACAAAGUACUUUGUGGCCAGCCGAAAACCGCCACAAGUCCAUUUAAUUUAAAUAUUUUAAGCUACUGAAACGUUGGAACGCAAUUUUCCUUGUUUUUAAAACUUUUCAAAUUACUUAAGUUAUUUUUAGUUUACGAAGUUUGUGUGUAACCCAUACGAAAAUCUAGGACUAUCUUUCAUUUUGAUGGUCUCAUGAACUAACUAUUCAAAUCAAUUAGCAUUGAUCCUAUGACACCCAUCAACUAAUGACAAACCAAGUUGUUUUGAAGUAUGAAAAGCUAGAGAAAAUUGGAGAAGGUACAUAUGGUAAAGUUUAUAAGGCGAGAAACCGAGAAACGCAUGAAAUUGUCGCACUUAAACGUGUUCGACUAGAAAAUGACGAUGAAGGUAUUCCUAGUUCAGCUUUUCGAGAAAUAUGCCUCUUAAAAGAACUCAAACAUAAGAACAUUGUCAGACUUUUUGACGUCCUGUUAAGCGAGUCAAGGCUAACAAUUGUAUUUGAAUAUUGUGAUCAAGAUUUGAAGAAAUACUUCGACAGUUGCAAUGGCGAUAUAGAUCAGAAUACUGUAAAGCUUUUUAUGUUUCAACUUCUGCGUGGUCUUCAGUUUUGUCACAGUCACAACGUUUUACACCGGGACUUGAAGCCACAAAAUCUACUGAUCAAUGAUAAUGGAGAGUUGAAGUUGGCUGAUUUCGGUCUGGCUCGUGCAUACGGAAUACCCGUGCGACAGUACUCAGCAGAAGUUGUCACACUUUGGUAUCGACCACCAGAUGUUCUUCUUGGAGCUAAGUUAUACACAACUUCAAUUGAUAUGUGGUCAGCUGGUUGUAUUUUCGCUGAAAUGUCCAAUGCUGGAAGACCACUUUUCCCUGGUUAUGAUGUUGAUGAUCAGCUACAGAGAAUUUUCAAAUUAUUAGGAACUCCAACUGAAUCAACCUGGCCAUCUGUUGUUGAAUUACCCGACUAUGAACCAUUUACUGUAAUGUAUCCUCGUACAAUGAAUUGGCAUCAAGUUGUUCCGAAAAUGUCAUUUCGUGGUCGUGAUUUAUUACAACAACUUGUGGUCUGUAAUCCAGCAGAUCGAAUGUCAGCUGACCAAGCAUUAAAACAUUCAUAUUUUGAGAGUAUUCUGUGAUAUUAAUAAAGAAAUUCUGCUUUUCUUUAAAUCAAUUUGAAAAUCGAGAAAUCAAACAAAAUUCUAUCGAUUAAUUAUUUACUUAUAAAAGGAAUGAUAUAAUUUCAGAACAGUAUUUUCUAAAGACAUUUAUUGUAAAUGUAUAAAUGAUCAUUAUGAUUAUUGUUAUUGUUGAAGUUUUUACAAACUUUGUUGAAAAAGAAAUCAUUGAUUGUUGAAUUUUUGGUUAGAAAACAUUUGUAUGUAUCACUUUUAACAAAUCAUCCACAUUGUAAAAUUAUUGGUCCAGUGAUACGAUUCCUUUUUUUCGACGAAAUUAUUUGAAACUUGGCAAUACUAUAUAUAUAGGUUUCUUAGAAUAGAAGUUGAGUUAUUUUGAAUAACGCAA